AUGGCCACCUACGCUCUUUCCGAGUCCCACAAGGACCAAAUGCACAACUCCCUCAAGGAGUCUGACCCUGAGGUCGCCGAGAUCAUGGCGAAGGAGAUUCAGCGUCAGCGUGAGUCCAUUGUCCUGAUUGCCUCGGAGAACUUCACCUCCCGUGCCGUCUUCGAUGCCCUUGGCUCGCCCAUGUGCAACAAGUACUCCGAGGGUUACCCCGGUGCCCGUUACUAUGGUGGCAACCAGUACAUCGAUGCCAUUGAGAUCACCUGCCAGCAGCGUGCUCUCAAGGCCUUCAACCUGGACCCCGCCAAGUGGGGUGUCAACGUUCAGUCCCUUAGCGGUAGCCCUGCCAACCUGCAGGUCUACCAGGCUCUCAUGCGUCCUCACGACCGUCUGAUGGGUCUUGAUCUCCCCCACGGUGGUCACUUGUCUCACGGCUACCAGACUCCUUCCCGCAAGAUCUCUGCUGUCUCCACCUACUUCGAGACCUUCCCCUACCGUGUCAACCUGGAGACCGGUAUCAUCGACUAUGACACCCUCGAGGCCAACGCUGAGCUGUACCGCCCCAAGAUCCUGGUCGCUGGUACCUCUGCCUACUGCCGUCUGAUUGACUACAAGCGCAUGCGCCAGAUCGCCGACAAGGUUGGUGCCUACCUUGUUGUCGACAUGGCCCACAUCUCCGGUCUGAUUGCCGCUGGCGUUAUCCCCUCUCCCUUCGAGUACGCCGAUGUUGUGACCACCACCACUCACAAGUCCCUCCGUGGUCCCCGUGGUGCUAUGAUCUUCUUCCGCAAGGGUGUCCGCAGCACCGACAAGUCCGGCAAGGAGAUCAUGUACGAUCUUGAGGGCCCCAUCAACUUCUCCGUCUUCCCCGGUCACCAGGGUGGCCCCCACAACCACACCAUCACCGCUCUGGCCGUUGCUCUCAAGCAGGCUGUUACCCCCGAGUUCAAACAGUACCAGGAGCUGGUCAUCAAGAACGCCAAGGCCCUCGAGAACGAGUUCAAGGCCCUCGGUCACAAGCUCGUCUCUGACGGCACUGACAGCCACAUGGUCCUCGUUGACCUGCGCCCCAAGAGCCUGGAUGGUGCUCGUGUUGAGGCUGUUCUCGAGCAGAUCAACAUUGCUUGCAACAAGAACUCCAUUCCCGGUGACAAGUCUGCUCUGACCCCCUGCGGUGUCCGUAUUGGUGCCCCGGCCAUGACCUCCCGUGGCAUGGGUGAGGAGGACUUCAAGCGCAUUGCUGGCUACAUUGACCAGUCCAUCACCCUCUGCAAGAAGAUCCAGAGCGAGCUGCCCAAGGAGGCCAACAAGCUCAAGGACUUCAAGGCCAAGGUUGCCUCCGAGAGCGUUCCCGAGAUCCUGGAGCUCCGCAAGGAGAUCUCCGCCUGGGCCAGCACCUUCCCCCUCCCCGUUUAA